GUUAACGUGAGCUUCAAUUAGCCGUCAUGGCUGAGACGGCUCCUUCUGAGAAGAUGGCGUCGCUUAGCGUGCAGGAACAGUCCCCAGUGGCUGAGAAGACUCCUUAUUACAAGAAGCGCAUAGAAGUGUUCGAGCAUUUCUAUGCACGGGAGGUAGCCAAAUUGGAGGCUGCCAAGGCCGCCAAUGAACAAAUUAAGGUGAUCAUGCCUGACGGCAAGGAGAGGCAGGCAGUCAAGGGCGUGACCACGCCGAUGGAUAUCGCCAAGGAGAUCUCUGCCAGCCUUGCGAAGAAGGUCGUUGUGGCGGAGGUGGACGGCCAACCGUGGGACUUGCUCCGCCCGCUCGAUGGCGAUUGUGCGCUUAAGCUGUUCAGCUUUGACGACGCCGAGGGCCGUGACGCUUUCUGGCACAGCUCGGCCCACGUGCUGGGUCAGGUGUUGGAGCUGGAGUUUGGCGUGGACCUGACCAUCGGUCCCUCGCUGGAGGAGGGCUUCUACUAUGACUGCUUCAUGGGCGACCGCACGCUCACGGACUCGGACAAGGGGCGCAUCGAGAAGCGAUAUGAGGCGGCUGUCAAGGAGAGCCAGAAGUUCCAGCGGGUGGUGGUGAGCCGCGAUGAGGCGCUGUCCAUGUUCCAGGAGAACAAGUUCAAGAUCGAGAUCAUCCAGGGCCUGCCCGCCGACGCCACCAUCACCCUAUACCGCGUGGGCCCCAUGGUGGACCUCUGCUCCGGCCCCCACCUGCCCUCCACCUCCUACCUCAAGGCGGCAGCAGUCACCUCCAUGUCGCGCGCCUUCUGGCGUGGUGACGUGAAGCGCGAGCCGCUGCAGCGCGUGUACGGCAUCACCUUCCCCGAGCCCAAGCUGCUCAAGGAGUACCAGCACCGCAUCGAGGAGGCCAAGAAGCGCGACCACCGCGUGCUGGGCGUGCAGCAGGAGCUGUUCUUCUUCCACCCGCUGUCCCCCGGCAGCUGCUUCUUCCUGCCGCACGGAGCGCGCAUCUACAACACCCUCAUGGCCUUCAUCCGCGAGAAGUACUGGCAGUACGAGUACGAGGAGGUGAUCACGCCCAACAUCUACAACUUCGACCUGUGGCGCACCUCGGGACACGCGGACCACUACCGCGAGAACAUGUUUGCGUUCGAGAUCGAGAAGGCGGAGUUCGGGCUCAAGCCCAUGAACUGCCCGGGCCACUGCCUCAUGUUCGCCAACCGCACCCGCUCCUACCGCGAGCUGCCCCUGCGCCUCGCCGACUUUGGCGUGCUGCACCGCAACGAGUUCAGCGGCGCGCUGCAGGGCCUCACGCGCGUGCGCCGCUUCCAACAGGACGACGCGCACAUCUUCUGCCGGCCUGACCAGGUGAUGGCCGAGGUGCAGGGCUUCCUGAAGCUGCUGGGUGAGGUGUACGACGUGUUCGGGCUGGACUACACCAUGGCGCUGUCCACGCGGCCGGAGGGCUACCUGGGCGAUAUCGAGCUGUGGAACAAGGCGGAGGCGGCGCUGACGGAUGCGCUGGACUCCACGGGCAGGCCCUGGGUGCUGAACCCCGGCGACGGCGCCUUCUACGGCCCCAAGAUCGACAUCACGGUGUACGACGCGCUGCGCCGCCGCUUCCAGUGCGCCACCGUGCAGCUGGACUUCCAGCUGCCCAUCCGCUUCGGCCUGGAGUACGCCUCCGAGAGCGGCACCCUGGAGCGCCCCGUCAUCGUGCACCGCGCAGUGCUGGGCAGCGUGGAGCGCAUGUUCGCCAUCCUCACAGAGCACUUUGCGGGCAAGUGGCCCUUCUGGAUCAACCCGCGACAGGUGAUGGUGGUGCCCAUCAGUGAGAACAGCGCCGAGUACGCGUUCGACGUGCGGCGGGAGCUGCGGGCGGCGGGGCUGCAUGUGGAUGUGGACGCGAGCGACCGCAAGAUGCAGAAGAAGGUCCGCGAGGCCCAGCUGGCUCAGUACAACUACAUCCUGGUGGUGGGUGAGGCGGAGAAGACCGCGCAGACCGUCAACGUGCGCACGCGCGACAACGUGGUGCACGGCAUGUUCAAGCUGGCGGACGUGCGGGACCUGAUGGUGCUGGAGCGGGACACACGCUCCAAGGAGAGCGCGCUCAGCGGCAAGGGGC